UGAAAGCUGUAAAGAACUGUCUGGUUUGCUUAGCCUCGUUUUGUGAGAAACACAUCCAACCUCAUUAUGAGUCUUUUACUUUUAGUAAACAUAAACUUGUUGAAGUUUCAGUGAAGCCCCAGCAGAACUUCAGCUCUCGUCAUGAUGAAGUGAUGAAGAUUUUAUUUGAUAAAUUUAAAAGAGAUCCAAAUGCAGCAGAAAGGACAGACAAGCCGGAGUUUGAAGUAAUGCGACAACAACUCAAGCAGAGACAUCAGAACCAAGAGAAAGAUGUGAAAGUGGUUCAACAGAAGAUGAGGAGCAUCAGCGUCUCAGAUGAUAAAGCAGAGGAUACCAAGGUGUCACUUCCCUCCUCUAACAAAAAGAGGGUGAAGAGCAGACCUUUAUCAGUGCCGAUACCGCCUGGUCCAGACCCAGUCCCAGGUGGUGGUGUCUCUCCAAACAUGAAGAAAUUGAUCAAAAACUUCAACAAAGAUAAACCAGCACCUGUUCCCACCUCCAUUCCAACAAAGAUUUGUGGUAAAUGUGGCAAGGAUUUGUCCAGCACUCAACCAGCUUUGAAGGCAAUGGGCAAAGUUUUCCACUUCAGCUGUUUCUGCUGCAUCAGAUGUCAUCGCCCCCUGCAGGGCUUGCAGUUCUACGACAAGGAAGGCUCACCAGAAUGUGAAAGUUGCUACGUGACAUCCCUGUCUUCCUGCUCUCAAUGCGGAGAAAUCACUGACCAUAUCCUGAAGGCCAUGGGAAAGUGCUUCCAUGUCCGGUGCUUCCUGUGCAGCACCUGCUCCUGCAUGCUGGAUGGACUCCCAUUUAUUGCAGGUGAAGUCAACAAGCCCUACUGUGAACAGGAUUACCACAAGCAUUUCUCUCCUCAGUGUGAAACCUGUAAAGAACCCAUUGUUCCGGCUGCGGGCAGUGAUGAAAUGAUAAAACUGGUGGCUCUGGGGAAGAACUACCACAUCGAGUGUUACCACUGUGAGGACUGUGAUCGACCAUUGUCAACAGAAGUAGAUAAAUAUCAAGGUUAUUCUCUAAAUGGCAGGGUUCUGUAUUAAGUGUCACAGCAAGAGAACCAGGAAGUGAUUGACUGAUGUGGGAUCUUUAGGUUGGACCAAAUUUAAAAGCAUGAUUUCUCUUAACAUUUUUUUUGAUAAGUUCAUACAAGUUCUGCACUGAAUAAAAACUGGUUUAUUGCAGAUCUUAUAUAAGUCUUCCAACCAAGUUUGUUGUUAGAAAUACAUAAUGUUUUAAAGCACUUAGCAGAUUUUUUAAUACAAAUACUUGUUUUCAAAUACACGGUCAAAUUCAACAAUAUGUGUUCAGAUGAGGCUCAUUUGUCGAAUUAAAAGUAUCAUUUUGACAAUAAUCCUUAAUCAGGUGUUAGACAUACUUUUCAUUAAGUCCAUAUUUCUGUAUUAGAAUUUGGUUUUGCCUGAUGUAAUAUUCUAAUCUUAAAUGUCAUG